AUGCUCCUUUCCAGUUUUCUCUUCGCUGUCUCGGGCUUUCUGGCAUUGGCCAGUGCCAGUCCGCCGCCAAACACCUGCCUCACUCCAGCCAAGGCCACUUCAAUCGUCGACAAAUUUGCGUCUCUUUUGACUGCUCCUCAAGCACCAGACUUCAAGACCAAGGCAAAUGCUCUCCUGGCAUCAACGUUCACAGACACAAGUGGUUCCAUCAACUUUCUCGCCAAUCAAGAUGUCACUGCUGUUACAUUUCCGAACAAGGACGCAUUCAUCGCCGGACAAGGCUCGCAACCUCCAAUCCCAGUCUUGAAGACGCUCGAAAUUUUCUUCACGUGCAACAAGAUUUCAUGGCGAUGGGUCGCUCAAGGCAUUGGGUCUGGUCAAUACGAGGUCAAGGGCAUCGACGUGUUCACAGUUACCCCCCAAGGUCAGAUCAGUGAAGUGUAUGCCGAAUUCAACAGUGGUGCUUGGCUAGCCGACAUUGGAAACCCUCAAUGUUCCUAG